GGAGGCUACGCCCCCUUAAACUCCCUUUCUCGGGGGGCUGCCUCCCCCCAGUCCCCGCUUGGUCCACAAAAUCUUCACCUGUAUGUUCCGCAGGAUAGAACCCAGGCAAACCAGGUGGAAUGCUAAUUGCUUCUAAAGUUUGUGGAGAAAUACCAAAGGCAUUAUCCAUAAUUUCUGCUGCAAUGAUGCAUAUAAAGUGUAGAGGAGGAUUUUAUCCACGAACUGAUGAUAAGGUUCCCCGUUCUGAAGUGCCUGAUAACAAGGUCAGCUGGACAGUCCCCUUUCCUGAAUAUGCACCAACCGAAUAUACAGCACCACACAUUUUAGCCGGACCAGCUUAUGCAGACCCAAACAUAGGAAGUGAUGGUUUCAGACCUGUGUGGAAUGCAGUAGAUGGGUCUAUCAAUAGGGUUUCUCAUGAAGGAGUAUAUGAAUUUGACAACGGCAGACCAAGGAACCCACAUGGUCGCACAGGAAUCAGAGGACGUGGGGCCCUUGGUCGCUGGGGACCAAAUCAUGCCGCAGACCCUAUUGUCACCCGGUGGAAAAUGGAUGCUGGCCAGAAGGUUAUUCAUGAUGCAAGCAAAAAUCCAAUACUGCAGUUUGUUUGCAUCAAACGUCGGGACAAUGGCCAGUGGGCUAUCCCAGGGGGAAUGGUUGAUCCUGGGGAGAAAGUCAGUGUUACUCUGCAGAGAGAAUUCCAGGAGGAGGCUCUCAACUUCUUGGAGAUGACAUCAGAACAGAAGUCAAAAGCAACAGAGGAACUGAAGGAACUUUUCAAUGGAGGUGAAGAGAUUUAUUCUGGAUACGUGGACGAUCCACGCAACACCGACAACGCCUGGAUGGAGACAGUUGCAUACAACUUUCAUGACAGCAAACCUAAUGCAUUGCUUUACAAACUCCAGUUACAUGCUGGUGAUGAUGCCCAAGCUGUGAAGUGGCAAGACAUUUCACACAAAUUAGAUCUGUAUGCAAGCCACAGAAACUUCAUUGAAACUGUGGCCAAGAAACACGGGGCUCAUUGGUAGACUGCAGUCUCUGAGGAUGUGAUGGAGAGUUUGCGUAAAAUAUCUGGAUAAUAAAGAAUUAUUCAUUAGUUCCACUUGCUGCCAUUCAUUAGAGGAUAUACACACUUUUAAGUUGCAGAUAGUGUUGCCAUGCAGGCAUUUCCAUGUAGUGUACACUUAUAUACCAAUUUGGGUAAGGAAGAAAAGCACACUAGAAGUAUUACUGAUGUACUGUAUGCAUUUUUACAAUUUGAUUUUAAAGAAAAGAUGGCAUUUUGUAAUAUUUGCCAUUAAUUGCUAUUUUUUCCAGAUUACUAGAUAGCACAAGUGGAAGUCUUGCUCACAUUAUUUUUUUAUCACCUUUUUUCAUUGGAUAAGAAAUCCACUUCCUUGUCUGAUAUACAGUACAAAGAUGAUCAUUUGUGCACAAGUAGUAAGGAAUAAAAAUAAACUGAUUUAUCAUUAUUAAUAUUAUUAUUAUAUCCUCAUAGGGAAUAUAACGAGAUUCUGAAGAUUACAUAUCUUGUGCCUGUGAAGACAAAGCUACAAUAAAAAUAUAAAUUGUCCCUGGCUACAAAAUGACUAAAUAUCCAAAUCAGAUGUUCCUAGAACACAGAUAAUGAUAAGAACAGUCAAAAAAUUAUAAUCAAUUCUGAACUAGCACAUUAACUUAAAAAAAUGGAAUGUUCAAGGCCCCAUUUAAGACUGAACUAGACUGAACAUACAAGACCCAACAAUAAAAUACUGGCUAAAAUGUGUGUGUAGAAUAUUUACUGUCGGUCCUAUCCCACUGGGUUAGAGCUGAAGUACUUUGUAAAAAUAUAUAUACACAUGAGAAUGUACCAUUCAAAAAAUAAUAAAAUGAAAU